AUGACGGGCGUUGGACGAGUCUCGGCUCUCGACAGACCUUGGAUUGGCCUGCUUCUGGUAGUAACAUUCGCCUGCGCCUUCGCCGACGCGUUCAACACGACCGGCCUGUCGCCAAACCCGAUCAGAUUCAAGCUCCCCUCGGGAAUCACAAAGAUCCGCGAUUUCCUCGACGACGCGUUCGAGCGCGAAAAGGACACGUACAACGGCGACGCAUCGGCCGCGAACCAAUGGGGGCAGCCCAUCCAAUCGGGAUGCUCGACGACAUGCAAGGCGCAGAAUAGCAAGUGGCAGUGCGGCGUGAUGCACGAGCCUAUCAACGUGUACCUGAUCUGGUUCGGGCGGUUCAAGGAGAGCCAGAAGAACAUCAUUCGCAAUUUCGUGCGGUCUGUCGGCGACAGCAGUGACCCCUCCAACACGGUCGCUCAAUGGUGGAAUAUCAACCGGCUGUACUCGGAUUGCAGUGGUAGACCUGUUUCUGAGACGGUGCGACUGGCAGGCGACCACCAUCUCAAGCCGCGCAUGCGCUUCCUCUUCAGCAACAUGGCCAUCUCCUUUAUAGUCAAACGCGCUAUAAGCGCCAAGGCGUUCCCUGCAGACCCGAACGGGGUGUACUUUGUGAUAACCGAUAAAGGCACGAAACAGCAAUCGUUGCUAGGCGGCUUCUGUUCGGCCUACUGUGGCUGGCACUCGUAUGACAAGAUCAAGGGGAAGGCCCUCAAGGUCUCCUUCAUAGGACAUCCGGGAAAAUGCCUGCGCUCGUGUGCAGCCCCCUCCAUCUCGCGAAAGGGAGGCCGCAGUCCCAACGGAGACAGGGCAAUGGACGCCAUGGUCUCCAUCCUCGCCCAUGAGCUCGCCGAGGCUGCCUCUGACCCGUACCUGGGCACGUGGACUGAUGCCAGCGGCAUGGAGAAUGCUGAUAUCUGCGCCUGGAGCUAUGGCACUGUCGAAACAACAGCCAGUGGAGCAGAGUACAACCUGGUGGGGCUGAAUGGGAUGAAGUUCCUUGUGCAGCAGAACUACCACCCCAAUCUACGGACGUGCCUGGUUACCACCACCGUGUAG